AUAUUGUUCUGUGUUUUUCUACGCACAAUAGAGAUGUUGGUCUAUAUAUGGAAGGAAACUGGCUGGUGCUCAUCUAAUCAGGACCAUGUGAAGUGUACACUUGUGGUGUGUAAACAACUCUAAACAACAGAAAUGAUCCAGACAACUCUUCCUCUACUUGUUUUACUAGGACCGUUCACUGCCAUCUUAAGUGACGUCAUCCUCAUCAAUGAACAAAAGAACUGGACUGAAGCUCAGGCUUUCUGCAGGGAGUUUUAUUUGGAUCUGCCCACAGUUCAGACGGAUGACGACAGGCUUGAGAUCCAGAAGGCCUUGAGUGGAGCAAACCCUGAAACCUGGGUGGGUCUGUACGGCAGCAUCUGUGUGUGGCGCUGGUCAUAUCGGAGUCAGGAUCUGCUGUUUUCAGCCUGGGCUCUGACUGAAGACCCGAGCCCCAGAACACAGAGUGCAUGUGCAGUUAUCAGAAACGAUGGAUUCUGGUACGCCACCAACUGCACACAGCUGAAGCCCUUUGUUUGCUAUAGAGGUAACAUACUUUUUGGCAGCAUUGUGUUGAGUUGUCUUUGUUUUUAUGAUUAGAUUUUUUUUAAAUGCAAAUUAUUUGCUUUUUGCUUGAUGUUUAUUUUAAGGAUUAUUAAAUUAAUAG